CAAAAGGCAAGUUUCGUUGGCUCCUCACUCUUUGGAAUAAUAAGCUUUUUUUUUUUUUUUUUCUUCUCGUUUUCUCCUGCACUUGCUUCUUGUACCAAUAUAUGUGCUAAAAUAUCAGAUACAUGUUGUGGUUAUCAGCUUGAUAUCAACGGUUUCUAAGGAAGAUUUACGUUUUGCUAGAGCUGGUUGAUUUUAAUUAAGGUUGUUGUUAGUUGGAGCUCAACAUGGCGGGUGGAUGUGAAUCAAUGCAUGCUACCUCUAGUGGAGUACUACAAGGGGAUAAUCCUCUGCAUUAUGCACUCCCUCUCGCGAUUGUGCAGAUAUGCUUGGUGCUUAUACUUACCCGUGUCCUCGCUUUUCUUCUCCGUCCAUUAAGACAACCGCGUGUUGUUGCUGAGAUUAUUGGAGGUAUUCUACUAGGUCCAUCUGCACUCGGACGCAACGAGAAGUAUCUGCAUGCGAUAUUUCCACCAAGUAGCCUUACAGUGUUGGACACAUUGGCUAACCUGGGCCUCCUAUUCUUUCUUUUCCUUGUUGGGACUGAGUUAGACCCAAGGUCUCUCCGUCGAACUGGAAAGAAAGCUCUAUGUAUUGCCCUUGCUGGAAUUACCCUCCCUUUCGUAUUAGGAAUUGGGACAUCUUUUGCUCUCCGAUACACAAUUGCCAAAGGGGUUAAUCAAGCCCCUUUUCUAGUCUUCAUGGGAGUUGCCCUUUCUAUCACUGCCUUCCCUGUCUUGGCUCGUAUUUUAGCUGAACUCAAACUUUUGACAACCGAUGUUGGUCGGAUGGCUAUGUCUGCCGCGGCGGUCAAUGACGUGGCUGCAUGGAUUCUGCUAGCUCUUGCUAUUGCACUUUCGGGUUCGGGCUCUCCAAUUGUUUCAUUGUGGGUCCUCUUGUGUGGGACAGGUUUUGUCCUGCUUUGCAUACUAAUUGCACCUAUCAUAUUCAAUUGGAUGGCAAGGCAAUGUUCCGAGGGAGAGCCAGUGAAUGAGUUAUAUGUGUGCGCUACAUUGGCAAUUGUUUUGGCUGCGGGACUUGUCACUGAUGCUAUUGGAAUUCAUGCUCUAUUUGGGGCUUUUGUGGUUGGGGUACUUGUACCAAAAGAAGGGCCAUUUGCAGGUGCGUUAGUGGAAAAAGUGGAAGAUCUUGUGUCAGGACUAUUUCUUCCACUUUACUUUGUUUCUAGUGGAUUGAAAACAAAUGUAGCCACAAUUCAAGGAGCUCAAUCUUGGGGUCUUCUUGUUCUAGUCAUAUUUACCUCGUGUUUUGGCAAGAUUGCUGGUACUGUUGUGGUCUCUCUUGGGUGCAAGAUACCUCUUCAAGAAUCCUUAGCUCUUGGUUUCUUGAUGAACACUAAAGGUUUAGUGGAACUCAUUGUCCUUAACAUUGGCAAAGAUAAAGGGGUAUUGAACGAUCAAAUAUUUGCAAUCAUGGUGUUGAUGGCUCUGAUCACAACAUUCAUGACGACACCACUAGUCAUAGCCAUCUACAAGCCAGCAAAAAUGGCCGUAACAGAGUACAAGCACAGAACAAUAACGAGGAAAGACACUAGCAAGCAACUCCGAAUAUUGACAUGUUUCCACGGCACACGAAACAUUCCCACAUUGAUAAAUCUCAUCGAAGCCACUCGAGGAACGGAGAAAAAAGAAGGGCUUCGCGUCUACGCGAUGCACCUCUUGGAACUUACUGAAAGAUCCUCAGCAAUUUUAAUGGUCCACAAGGCCCGAAAAAACGGGCUCCCCUUGUUGAAUACUCAAGGACAAGUAGGCGAAUCGAACCAAGUGAUCGUCGCUUUUGAAACAUUUGGACAACUCAGCAAGGUAUCGAUACGACCAACAACUGCAAUCUCCGCUAUGUCGAGCAUGCACGAGGACAUAAUCGCUAGCGCUGAGAGAAAAAGAGUUUCAAUGAUAAUCCUACCCUUCCACAAGAAUCAACGACUCGACGGACAUUUUGAAACAACGCGAGCCGCUCUCAGAAACGUGAACCGAAGAGUCCUUCAGCACGCACCGUGUUCAGUUAGCAUAUUAAUUGAUCGAGGGCUCGGUGGGGCGUCUCAUGUGUCUGCUAGCGAAGUUGACUAUACGGUCCUGGUCUUGUUCUUCGGUGGCCACGAUGACCGCGAAGCGCUUGCGUAUGGCAUGCGUGUGGCAGAACAUCCUGGCAUUACUUUAAAUGUGGUCCGUUUUGUAAUUGACCCCGAGGUUGUUGGAGGAACUGUCCACGUGGAUAUCGUCGAGAGCUCGGGUCCUGAACCUGAGUCGGAAGAUGACGAAAAUUUUCUUGCGGACCUAAAGAAUAAGUCAACUGGUGACGGUUCUAUUAUUUUCGAGGAGAGGGUUGUGAAGGAUGUAACAGAAACUAUAGAAGUCAUUCGCUCGCAUAAAAAGUGUAAUUUGUUUAUAGUCGGAAGAAUGUCCGAGGGACAAUUGGUUUCGGCAUUUGAUACCAGAAGUGAUUGUCCAGAAUUGGGGCCAUUGGGAAAUUUGUUAACUUCCACUGAAAUUACAACUACGGCAUCUGUGUUAGUUGUGCAGAAAUAUCGCAGUGAGCUGCCUCAAGAGUCACUAAGCUCUUUGAAGGUAGGGGAUUCAUCAAGAGCAGAUUAUGAAAGAAACUGAAGUUUAAUUUUAUGUGUUGUGAAGUGAUUGGUAAAUAAGGUUAGCACCAAAUAACAGAAGGUUAUGUACAUAUGUUCCUUCCUCUGCGGUGGUUGUAAUUUUGUAACUGGCAAAGUUGCAAAUUCUCUAAGUUUCUUUUUAAAUAUAACAAGCAUAUAAAUACAGUUACUAUUAAAGUUCUUGCCUCCA